ACAAAUCACUUGGGAAAGAAGAAGGUUGGAAGCAUAGAGGUUUCACAAAUAUAUAUGUACACUUGGUAUAAUCCUUUUUCUCCAUGAAAGGUAUCCAUUUGUUGGUACAUUGCAAAAAUCAAAAACUUGCAAGUGGUUGAAUCUUGUUCUGCCCUUUGGUUACUUUUGGAAAUCAAAAAAAAAAGUAACAAUGAAGAAGGGAAGGAGUACUAGUAAUAGUUGUGGAUUUACUACUUGUUCAUUGCCUGAAGAAAUGUUGGUGGACAUUCUAACAAGACUACCAGCAAAGGUGGUAGUCCAAUCCAAGUGCAUCUCCAAGCAUUGGUGCUCUCUGAUUGAGCAUCCCUCUUUUGUGGACUUACACCAUACCCGUGCCCAAUCUAGGCCCUACCUUGUCAUCUCCUUAAUCAACUACUCGUUCACCAAGAUACAUUUUUUCUCAGCAGAUUAUGAAGGAGGACCGGCCCAGUACUUGCUUACUGAUUUCCUCUCAGCACUUUAUCAUAUUAAACAAUCUGUCAAUGGCUUAAUAUGCGGGUACCUUAGAAAGUCUAAAUCCAUUUUCAUCGUGAAUCCUACCACUCGACAAUUUGUUACCCUUCCUCCAACACGUUUACUUUCUUAUGAUGCUAAUUCUACUUGCGAACCAUAUUUGUCAUUUGGGUUUGAUCCUUCUACCAAGCAAUACAAAGUGUUGCUCACAACUUUUAUACACAUCGAGGUGGAGGGGGAGUGUUAUGACUACUUAGAUUACAAGUGUGAAAUUUUCACUUUGGGGACACAUUCAUGGAGAGAGAUUGAUUGUCUUUCUAUUCCUUGGCACUGUGAAUUUGGUAGGGGUGGUCGUUGUGUUAAUGGAGUCAUACACUGGAGAAAUAGGAGUUCUUUUAUAUCGAAACCUUCUCCUCCUAUGAGUGCAGAUGUCAUAGUAGCAUUUGAACUGAAAAAUAAGAGAUUUCAAAUGAUUCCACUCCCUAGGGGACCAUCAUGCAUGCGUCAUCUACGAGAACUUGGUGGCCAUUUGGUAGCUUGUGGUGAACACACAGAAAAUGGUUGGGAGGAGCUUUGGAUUUUGCAAGACUAUGAGAAUUGGAUUUGGGUCAAAGAGAUAAUGAUGCCUGCUCUUGAUUGGGGUCGAGAGGGAGAUCCUUAUAUUGUCGGCGCAAUUCAGACAGGUGAAAUACUUCUACAACCUUCACGGAUACAUGACCUCUGGAAUAUUUACUAUUAUGAUCAGAAUAGGAAAUCUUUUAGAAAGAUUAAGAUCACAGGACUUCCUGAUUCAGAGUUCUUCGGCAGGCGUGGUAGGAAUGCCUUACAUGUCACUAAUUAUGUCGAAAAUCUAUUUUCCUUGAGUGAUAUUUGAAAUUUGAAGGAAUUCCUUUUUUCCUAAUUUGUUAGGGAAGGUCAGUGUAAUUUAUACCAAAAAUAUAUACGUAGUAUUCACAUGGCCAUUUCCAGUCAUUUGUGGCAUAUUCAAAGCAAACACUUAUUUGCUCAAGCUUUUUAUUUUUAUUUUUAUUUUUAUUUUUAUCAUUUUUUUCAGCUUUUACUACUGGAUUUAAAAAAUGUAGGUAAAUUUCACUUCACCUGCAUGUGGUUUUGCCGAUGUGUUAAUUACCUCUCUCAGUUAGAAAUAACCACAUAAUUUUCUUGUGAUUUAUAAACUAAAGUGCAUCGUUAAACAUUUUGUUCAAUUUAAUAGUAAAUUAUUAUUUUUAAAAUCGUACCAGACAUGAAGGGGUUAUAUGUGUAUUUUCAAUUAUUAUUUUUUUUAUGGGAAUUCAUUUUCAAAUUUUAAUAGGGUAAAUUGCACAUGAAAUAAAACAUAGGAGCUUAAAUUGUAUUUUGCCUCCCAAACA